UUUGCUGGACUUUUUGAAGGGCUCUUGGCUGGAGUCUUCUCAGGAGUCUUGUCUGCUUUCUUAAAGUGUCCAAGGAAGUUUGGACAGAUGUUUUCCAGGGAGACAGGCAACACAGUGAACUCGUUUGCUGGCACCGUGUCAUGUCAGAUCAAACGUUGUAAAGUCGAAACUGAUGUCAGAAAGUUGAAACAGGGUGUCAAUUUACAAACCUUGUAAGCGCGAAACAUUGUAACUCGAACCAUUGUAAGUCAAGGACUGCCUGUAUACAGAAACCCAUGGAUCUCCACACUUGCGGCCACAAAACCAGAAAUCAUCCAAACACACCAAAAAAGCAGUGAUCAACAGUCGGCCCCUCAGAUCCAACCACAUCUGUUCUGAGGAUAAUACUCAUGACACCCAUCUUGCUAAAUUGGAAACUGCCUUACCCAACGAGAACACUCCAGCUGAGAAAUAAACCAUCUCUCUGAAAAAGCCACCAUAAUACCCUGCAGCAACAUAUGACAAUACAAGGGGAAAACCCCGCCACUGACCGCGUAUGGGCUGUUGCAAGGACCGAGCAUGAAACACAGUGACAGCCUCAGAUGGCUGUACUGUAAGAGGCAUUUAUGUGACCAACAGCAUUGAUGGGCUCAGAUCCCACAGCACUGAGGGGCCGAGUGGCGUCUUCCCCCCCCACAAGCCUGGACCAUGAGACUCAAUGCAGGUUCUGUUUCAAGCUCUCUAAUGAACCUCCACUACCACCCAACAGGCAUCUGAAUUUCUAAGCUGUUGGGAAGGGGGAGAUCCUGAGGACACAGGAGAGCUGCAGUGGGUGAAGAGUGAGAGCUGUAAACUCAGUUGUUCUGGAGGAAACUAAAGAGCAUCUGCAUCAGGUGAGGUGAGAAGGUGAGCAGGGCCCAGUGGAUGGGGUAGUGAGCUGCCAUGUUCUUGCUUUACAGGAGCAGGCUUUCUCCAGAAGGCGCAGCUCUCUAUUGUCUGUGUCAGCGUGUCUAUGCCGGGUACCCCCUAUCCCCGGGAUUCUCGCCUGCCACGACUUUUGAUCUUAAAAAAACAAUGGGGAGGAAGGGGAUGUUGACCGCGCAGGUACCCACGGGAAGGACCACGCUAUAUCGAUGUAGGUCACUUUUCUUUGAAGCAAGUGCUGCUGGAUACAUCUGCUGUGCCGCUGACUGGCUAAAUAGAGUCAUAGCAUUUCCUGUGGUUGGGGUAGAGCUCUCCAGUUGUGAUGCCACAUCCUCAGCCGCUGAGACCUCCUCAGAUUAUCACUCUACACUGGUCAUCUCACACACCCAAAGAAGAAAUCUGGAAGAGGACUUUCAUUUCCCUGGAAGAGGCAUACAUGAAGGCAUACCUGGUGGAUACCUUUACCUCCCUGAAGGACAACGAGAAGCUGAGUUUUUGGUUCAACUGACGGGUGCCUGUGGUGUGGGGCAAGAACCAGGCCUUCUAUGGCCAUGAUCAAAGUGGUGCUUUUUUGGACCUUGGUAGCUGCCUCUGCUGCCUUCUCCAUCCUUCCACAGCAGAACCCAGUCCAGGUCUUCGUCCAUGAUACUGCUCUUCUCCUUGUCUCCAUCCACUUUGAGAACCCAGCCUGGGAGUACUACCAUGUCAAGUGGGUUUUCCUCACAAAGAAUCAUCCCAUCUUGGUUUACGUGGUGGACAACUGCAGAGGGGCCCCUGGGACACAGGAACGCACCUGCCAUCAUAGCACAGAGCUGCAUGAAGUUUAUCAGCAGCGGGCAAGCAUCUCCCAGGAAGCUUCCUUGGUGCUGAAGAACGUGCAACCAGAGGAUGCUGGGAUGUACCAGAUAACGGUGCAAGGUCUGGAUGUGUUAGGCACUGCACAGGUGACCCUGAUUGUGGAAGAAAGCAGACAGGACGUGAUCCCAGCAGUGGGGAAAGAACGUGCUUGCCUAAGACCGACACAACAUCAGAGCCCAACUACAGCUGCAGUCCUGGCUGAACCUGCACAACCCUUCACAUCUGAUCUACCCAGUUCAGCUGCCUCUUGUGGAGAAAGACUAGCCCGUGAUGGUUUGGGGGAAAGAAGGCACUGCCUGUAAUGACUGGUCCGUGGUGCAAUACCAAACUGCCGCUUUGAGCUUUCUUCUUCAGGCUAAUCUAUCAUCUUCAAACACUGACCUAGAAUUAUCCAACCAGCAUGAAAAGAGCUAGGGAAAUACCAUAUUUUCUCACAUACAACAUGCCCUGGAAUAUAAUCUGCAACUUGUUUUUGAAAGGCAGAAUGAAGGAAAAAAUAUCUUUUCUUGUAGUAAGUAACUGAGUAAGAGCAACUAGGGAGCACAGCCUGUGUAUUCUGCUCCCUAUGAGUUGAGUGCAGAUUUUUACUUUGACUUUUGCCUGUAACUCACAGAAACUGUUCUUACCAUAUUUCUUGCAUGUAAAGUUCACUACAAGUUCCAGUAGCUGGUUUGAGGGGGGAAAAUGUGUUGUAUGCAAAAAAAAACGCAAAAAACCCUCUUAUCCAAGAAAAAAAAAAUCAGUGACAGCCUUCAUAUCUCCCUAAAUACCAGUUGUAACAAGUUUUGCAGGAUCAUCCACACAUCGUAAGGAUGUAACUUCUGCCUGUGUCAGUCCUAAAUUUAAGUGUAACAAUCUCCUGUUUCCUUUGCUUUACCGACAAGAGGAAGAAAAAAUUAAAACAGGAUAUUGCGGGUCUCUGAGAGGCGUGGAGGAAUGCUGUGAUUUGAGAACCACAAAGCUCCCAGAGCAAGGGUUGUAUCGGCACCCCCAGCAGUUCUGCUCUUUGCAAACCACUGAAAGCUAGCCUGAGUUCCCCCAAACAGGCACUGUUGUGAACAGUGACCUGCCCCUCACUUGUGCCGCCGCCUUUUGUUUUAAAGCAAGCGGUGAAAGACACCAUGAUCUUCAGCCAACUAGUGCUGCUUUCAUAUUUUGGAAAAGCUCUAGACAUUUGUUUCCCAUCCCUGAUGUGAAGAGGAUCUGAGAGAAGGAAGGAGGUGAGGUGGAAAUUCACCUGCCUCUUCAGAGUCCAGAGGCAGAGUUCACACCAGAUUUGGGAUUCCUGAGAUCUCUCCUUUUUUACAUAGUUAUUGCUUUGUAAUGAAAAUAAAUAUUGGUUAGCUUCUGUGACACAUCAGACCCAGUCUGACUGGUCUAGCUGAUCCCAUGUCUCAGCUCAAGCUGCAAGCAGUUUUUGAUACUAUAAUGCUGUCAGUGCUUCUGAUCAAUGCUGUACAUAAGUCACCACUCUGAUUUUUUGGGCUGGAAGAAUGUAUCCAACCCCUAAAAAUCCAAGGACUGAGCCCGGAGGUUCAGUGAAAAAUAGCACUUCCGCAAUUUCAAGAGAAGCUAAAAUUCAUGCUAUAUUUAAUUGUGAUACAUUGUCAAUCAACUUUCCACUCAAUAAAUUCUAGAAAGUGUAAGUAGC